GCUCACCUGGCGCAUGGCCCGGCUGCACUGUGGAGUGUGGAAGUAGAGUUUGCCACGCGAGCGAAGUCCUUGUUAUGGCGAAUACUCGCUAGGAGAGUCAGCUUAUUUGUCUCUUUUAGACACUGACGUGACGUCCCUGUCGACCGGCUGAAGUUAUUAGCGUCGAUUUACGGACACUCCUGCAGCGAAAGUCGGAACAGGCCGCUGCUGACGUGUAGCGGAAAAAUUUCCGUGGCGAGUGGCUCCUCCUGACAGUCCAGCUGACCACGUAGACGCUACUAGGGAAGUCAGGGGUGACGAAUGGAAAGCGCUGUCCCAUCCUCGCUGGGCCUAGGUGCUCUUGUUUUGACUGUUGGAAUUUGAUUCGCUCGCUUCUUGACGGCAUUGUAGAUCUGCUCGUUUUCACGUGGAUGAUAACUGGAGAUGUCAUGCUAGCAACACUUGCGAACUCUUCCGCUGAUACUCUGGAGUUUCGCAACACACUGGAAACUGUCAAAGUCGCGCAGCCAUCUCCGACUGAGUUGUGCCUUUUCCGUGUCAAGACAAACGAAUAGCCGUGGUAGCAGUGCCCAAGCAACUCGUUACUGGAGCUACGGUUGGUGUGCGAACCGACGGUCCAGUGCGGUGUGUAAUGCCAUGGAGGCCAUGGAGCUAGGCGAUUGCUGUCCCGCGCUGAGCUCUGUUGAUCGAUCGCGCUUGAAGGAUUCUCAGCAAUGGGAUAUCGUGCUCCUGGGAGUCACCCUCAAGGUGGCGUCGGGAGAGGUGGAGGAGUCACUCGAGGACAUGCUGAAAGUGGUUGAAGCCUGUACGUUGGACACACCUGGCAUAUUCCACAACGGCGUUCAAAGUGGAUCGCUGGCUGUGCUGUCUCUCUCGUCAAACUGGAUCUACAUCACGGAUGUUCACCACAAGGUGUUACUCAGUCGGCAUGAGAUACAGGACAUCAGUAGUGCAGGCUAUGUGAAGGACGAUGGCAUGUACAUUCUACUGAUCAAGUGCUGGCAGCCGCCCGGACAGCGCUACCUGGCACUUGCCAUCAACUGCCUGGAAGAGCGUGCCGUGACGUCAAUCUGCAAGAAUGUAUGGCGGCGAUUUUCGGAUCUGUGCCGUAACGAGGAGACUGGACAAGUGUACUCGCGCCUGAGCAUCCGAGUUGCUGAUACGAAUGUGAAUAGAAAGGCGGCUACGUCAGGCGCUCCUACGACGCCCAACAGCUCUCGAAAGAAUGCUCCUGUGGCCAGCCCUGUGGUGAAUGUAGUUGCCGUCUCGUGCCCUGGAUUCACUGAAACGGCAAGCGAGUCGCCCGUGCAAGAUGUGCAGCAACCUUGCCAGGCCGCAGUGUCACCAGCGCUUGAGGUGAUGGUGACCAGCACGGAGCAGAGUGAACCACCGCAGACCGCACCAGCGGUGAACGUGGACGAAAGCCCCGGCCACCGAGGAGCAGAUAAGCGUGUUUCCAAGGAGAAGAGCCGCAAGGCCAAGCAGCAUGGCCUGCGGUGGCUUGUCAAGAGUGCCCUGCGGCGAUCAUCUGAGACAGCGGACCCCAUCAUGGAGACUGGCAGUGACACUUCCCUUCCCAGAAAUAAGAAAAAGACGAAGAAGGGCCGAGUCAACAGCAUGAUUAUUUCCUCACCAGUUCUUGACAAUGGCCAGCGAGAUCAGUCCAUGAUCUAUCGAUCUGAAUCGGCCAGUGAAGGAACACGCACGGUGAAGGUAGAACUGGCACACAGCGAAACCGAAGAAACAGCUUUCACCAGCUCUGCAGCGUCAUCCAGUACCCCCAACGACCUGCCCAAAUCCGACAGUAUUGACGGCGCAAGUGACAUGUCACCAACCCUGGAUGAUGCGGUCUUCUCACGGCCAGCUAAGCCCGCUUCCCUUCCGGUUGACAGCCCGCUACAAGACAGCAGUGCAAGUCGAGAUAGGAAAGCAUCACUUGGAAACGUGUCUGCGCGCAAUCCGCUGAAAAAACGAGCACGGUCCAUUGAUGCCCUGAACGAGCAAGGCAGCGACUCUGAUUUCUCCACGUUGCCCAAGAAGGGUAGGAGGAAGAAGCAGAAACACAGACGCCGAGCUUCCUUACCGCCCCCUCCAUCACCACCAGGCACACCACCUGCUCCACCUUCACCCUCGGGCGAUGAAACAAAACUCACACCAAACAAGAUACUUUCGCAAGCUGCGCCUGUGUCUGUUAUUGCCAUACCCGACCCAGAGCCAAUCUACGCAACUAUCCGCCACAAGAGUGUCUCGGCCGGCUGUUUGCUAGCUAGAUCGCCCAGUCCUGAGCCUCCAAUGCUUCCAUCGCGAUCGUUGGACGCUGGCAUAUUCUCUGAGCCGGAACGUCGGCGCGAAGUCGCGGCCAUUCCAGAUGUUGUAUACAGUAGCGACGAUGACGACGAUAGCCUAUACGAGAAGCUGCCUGCGCACGCCAAGAUGGUUUCGCCCGACUUGCGGCCGCCCAUGCCCAUACCAUCCGAUCACUGCGCAGUGUCUGGGUCAGUGGAUACGACAUCGCCGCCUCAGAGUGUUCUCGCUCUCAGAGCUGACAAGACUCCGUCGCCGAGCGCAAACGAUGAGUCUGCGCUCAAAGGAAGCAGUCAAACAGUGGGAGCAAGCAGCGAGGCAGCUAGCGAGGGCUCGGCGGAACGGCCUGGUACUAAGCAGCAAAAUGCCGGCGAAGCGCCAUGGUUCCUAGCUAGUGAUUCAGAUGAAGACACUACGGCACCGUACAGCAAGCUCAAGGGAAAGUCGGCGAAAACCGAAGCCCACAGUGCAGCCGACAAUCAGACCAAGACGGACCUGCCAACUGCACCGACGGCAGCGGCUGGCCCACAACACCGUCCAUCUUGGUACAACUACAACCACAAGAAGAAAAGUGGCCCGCCAAUCUUGCCUUAUUCGCCCAGGAUUCCUCGUCCGUCGGCUGUCGUUGCUCCCAACAGGUCUGGCCUUGUGCAGCAGAGUUCUGGCGCUCCAGUACCGACUGGCCUGUACGAGAGUAUUCACUCUGGCCCUGAGCCGCUUUCCAGUGCAAACAUGUAUGAAAAUUCCUAUCCACCGACGUCAGCGAAUACCAUGACUAGCCGCGUCAUGCACAAGAAACUGGCCAAGAGAGUCAGUUCGCACGGCGGGCGAAAGCGAUCCCGUACGACUCGCCCCCUGCCGUCCGCCGUCACCUCUGCGACGGAUAGCAGCUCGACGGUGGAUGCGCUGGUGAGGCAGGUGAUGUCGAGCAAGUCGGGUCAGGAGCACCUCCGCUACGCCAUCGGUCAAGCUCUCCACCACUCCGUGUCCAAGGGCACGCUUGGCUCAAACGUUUGAGUGCCGCCAGCGGCUGCAUCACUGAAGACCUACAUUCAACUCGCCCGUAACAGGCUGCAGCUAGUGAUUAUAUUAUUAGAAACGAAGCGUUUCAAAUGUGAUACCAGUUGAAUAUCCCCGGCACCAGUUAGCUGUGGUUCGGUUUCUGCUGCUGUGAAUCACGCAGUGCAGUGACCAGGUGUAAUGCAGUAACCCUGGGCUUAUGUAUACGGACCAAAAUGAGAUGAGCAGAUUUAUAUUUAUGUAUGAAGUACGCAGCUUUUUGACUGCACAGCACUAUAGUUAGAGACAAAUUCAUUUUCUUCCCACUUUGCAAGCACCUGGGAUGCAGCAAUGGCAUCUGAAACCCUGGUAAUAAUAAUUACUAUGGUCUUCCAGCUGCAUCUCUGUCCAGUCUAUAUAUACAUGUACAUGUAUCCGAAUGUCGAAAGCUUGCUGUGUACAUGAGAUCUUUACUCGCCCUCCCCUCCCUCUCAUUCCCAUGCUUUCCUUACCAAACUGGAAGUAGAAUAAUUGUUUUGAGACUUACACAGUUGAAUAUAGUUGUACAGCACUUUCAAGCGCAUUGUAUCCCGUGUACUGAUGUCAUGUUCUGUCAUGUUAUCCAUAUUAUAUUUUUACUUCACCUUAGCCGCAGGCACUACUUAGCUUGGAAAUUGACAUUCAAGAGAACUAAUCCCCCACAUUGGAGUUUUCAUGUCACCGUUUUCUGGAUUACUCCUUUAGCUGCGGUUGAAGAACGAAUUGAGCUGUGGCACACGGUCAUGCGCUGAUUGAAGACUUGGCCAAAGCCCAAGUGCCCGAAUACUUUGUCUUGACUUGAGAAGACCACCAAGAGUUAGCCCCUGGUGGAUAAUAGAGGCAGAAAAACCAGCAGAAUUUUGGGGUUUUUCUGGUAUGCUUCAUGCAUUUCUCAAGAUACAUUGUGAUGAUGGUUAUUUCAUGACCGCAGCGAAUACCAUGACUAGCCGCGUCAUGCACAAGAAACUGGCCAAGAGAGUCAGUUCGCACGGCGGGCGAAAGCGAUCCCGUACGACUCGCCCCCUGCCGUCCGCCGUCACCUCUGCGACGGAUAGCAGCUCGACGGUGGAUGCGCUGGUGAGGCAGGUGAUGUCGAGCAAGUCGGGUCAGGAGCACCUCCGCUACGCCAUCGGUCAAGCUCUCCACCACUCCGUGUCCAAGGGCACGCUUGGCUCAAACGUUUGAGUGCCGCCAGCGGCUGCAUCACUGAAGACCUACAUUCAACUCGCCCGUAACAGGCUGCAGCUAGUGAUUAUAUUAUUAGAAACGAAGCGUUUCAAAUGUGAUACCAGUUGAAUAUCCCCGGCACCAGUUAGCUGUGGUUCGGUUUCUGCUGCUGUGAAUCACGCAGUGCAGUGACCAGGUGUAAUGCAGUAACCCUGGGCUUAUGUAUACGGACCAAAAUGAGAUGAGCAGAUUUAUAUUUAUGUAUGAAGUACGCAGCUUUUUGACUGCACAGCACUAUAGUUAGAGACAAAUUCAUUUUCUUCCCACUUUGCAAGCACCUGGGAUGCAGCAAUGGCAUCUGAAACCCUGGUAAUAAUAAUUACUAUGGUCUUCCAGCUGCAUCUCUGUCCAGUCUAUAUAUACAUGUACAUGUAUCCGAAUGUCGAAAGCUUGCUGUGUACAUGAGAUCUUUACUCGCCCUCCCCUCCCUCUCAUUCCCAUGCUUUCCUUACCAAACUGGAAGUAGAAUAAUUGUUUUGAGACUUACACAGUUGAAUAUAGUUGUACAGCACUUUCAAGCGCAUUGUAUCCCGUGUACUGAUGUCAUGUUCUGUCAUGUUAUCCAUAUUAUAUUUUUACUUCACCUUAGCCGCAGGCACUACUUAGCUUGGAAAUUGACAUUCAAGAGAACUAAUCCCCCACAUUGGAGUUUUCAUGUCACCGUUUUCUGGAUUA